UUCUUACGUAAUCUACCUCCACCCCCUGCCCCCUUUGCCGGAGUCGAGCCGAGCACGGACCGACCAGGGGCACACACACAUUCCCUCGGGGGGUCACCUGCACCUGUCCCCAUUAAACGCUGGAACCCUCGUCGAGCGUGAUCACCCAUCUGCAAGGUCUACGUCUACCAGCUUACCAGCUAUCAGCUACCAUGUCACGUUACACCGGAUCGUGCUCUUGCGGCGCCCUCGAAUGGUCAUUCACUUCGACCCCCAGCUCGACCGUCCAUUGCUGGUGCAAGGCGUGUAGGAUCGCCCACGCAGCACCUUUCGUCACAUGGAGCAUCUUUCCAGCCGACUCUCUUCGAUGGCAAGGUCGUCAUGAUCAUCUGAACAACAAAGGCGAUAACAGUAGUGACAACAACUCUAUCAAGCCGUUAAAAGCGGACGGGGAGAGAGAGACGACGGGCUCGUUGUUACGUCGUCGAGCGGGGUGCUGCACGAGGAAUUUGUGUGCGGACUGUGGAACGCCCGUGAUGAUCACAGAUCAAGACGUUUCGGGGAUCAUCUCUGUCCCUACGGCCCUCCUCGAGGUGGACAUGAACGCCGAAAGCGGGACGAGCGAAAAGGAUAGAGACGUGGCCAAACGGGCGUUGAUGCCGACGAAUCACAUCUGGCUGGAGGAUCGGGUGGAUUGGUGUCAAGUCCCAGACGACGGCUUGCCAAGGUUCGAGCGGUACGAAGAGAAGGAUAGGAACGACAAGCUCGUCAAGUGAUGAACGAAGUCAUCAUCGGGUUGUAUAUAAUAUAUAGAGGGGACAGAGGAUCGAGAAUAUACGACGAAUCGUUCAAAACCGCACACAAACGGCCGUUGCCAAGCAGCUACUAAUCUCGCUUCAGACUUCAAAUCCUCUACGUUCGGUUAUCAUUGGUCGUUGUUGAACGAUUGUAUACGACCCGAAA